GUACAGUAAAGUACUCGCGUGCGCUUCCACUGAACCCUUGCUGCAAGCUUGAACCAACCCAGUCCAAGUCAACCGUGCCGGCCCUGCCUGGAUGGGUGGCUGAAGGUUGACGUUUGAGGUUUGGGCUUGUGCAAAAUUUGGGCUUGUGCAAAGUUUCCGGAUGACUCGGCGCGCGAUGUGGCCCGACUUGUGCACAAGCCCCUACAAGCCCCAGCCGAAACGCGCACCAAAAACACGCCAAUCACUUUGCAGAUCCCUGUAUAGCUCUGCUAUGCGUUUUAAUUUACCAGAACACUCAAGUUAUUGAGCUCGUCAAGAGAGAAGUAGCAGGCGGUUCGGCCGUUGCAACCGCGCAACCCUCUUGAUCGCGGGCCCAUCAGUUCUUCUCAACUCCGUGAACCUGCGCAAAUCCUACAUAUACAUCAUUGACUUGCCAACGCUUGAAUAUGUGCAAAACUAUACCGCUAUUUGCGCUUGUUGUGCUAGUGUUCUCACCGGCUUUGGGCUGCUGGUUUCCACCGGGCUACAAGCGAUCCCGUGGACAAAAAAGAGAUCAACAUGUGUGGGCUAGCUUGAACGGCUGCUCGCCUCGCACAGCGGCUUGGCAGGCUGAUGUUUUCAUGUCUCGUCUGAAUGAAAGCGGGCGAGGCUACACGGCUUGUACUAAGCACCAUUGGCUGCAGAAUUUAGCUGCUCUCGGCCAGUAUGGCGCGGGCAAAGCGACAAUAAUAGACAUCGGCUGCAACCGCGGCUACUUCACCAGUACCGCUCUCAACUACUGGGCGCCGGGGUUUGGCAACCACAACCAGUUGGUGCACAAAUCGCACCAAGAGGGGGGCUUGUAUGGGCCUGGCGCCUGCGGCAUCUGCUGGGACUGCUCUCACGGUCCCGACAAGCCCGUUACACUACAGCCCCAGAGGGAGGUGGACGUGCACUGCUUCGAGCCAUCCAUGUGGCACCAGCGCGCGCUCGCGGCCGCAAAAGCUGCACUGUAUGGACCAGAAGACGCCCCAAAGACGGACAAGGGCACAGCGGUGAGGUGGAAGAUCCUGCCGUUAGCGGUUUCCAAUGCUACCGGUGUCGCCCGCUUUCCCGCCAACUGCACGCACGAGGAGUGCAGCCUUGCAUCUACAACCGAGCUCUUCGACGUGAACAUUACCACGGUGGAUAUCUACAUGCGGGAAGCGGUCAUUCCUUACGUGGACAUCCUGAAGAUUGACACAGAGGGUUUCGACCCAGCAGUUCUGGCAGGGGCAUACAACACGCUUCGGCGUCACCGUGCUGAGGUGCUGUCUUUUGAGUAUCAUGAUUUCUGGACCAGAUCCGGUGGCACGCUGCGGGUGUGCAUGGACUACCUUGAAGAGCUGGGCUACACCUGCUAUUAUGAUGCACCCUUGCUUUACAAGCUGACAGGGUGCUGGGAUCCUCGUUAUGAGAUCAAAGACUGGUCAAAUAUCGUGUGCGCUGUUCGUGGCAGUGAGAUAGAGGCAGACAUGAAUGCCCUUACCGUACUCCGACAACGAGCGGUGAACUCGACAGCAGUGGCAUAGAGCGGUGGUGUAGGCACAUGUUUAGGCUGCAGCCGUGAGGUUGCCAGAGCCACUGGAGCUGGUUAAGGUGUAGUUGGCUGGAACAAUAGGUAGUCUCUGCAUGAGACGGGCGGCAGGCAUGAGACGGGCGGCAGGCGUGCUGCCUCAACAAGUUUUGUGCGAUUAGUGCGAUACCAACGCUACAUAACGAAAACGCAAAGAUGGAUAUACUUACGUACCGGACCGAGCUUCUUACUGAGUAGGGGCUCCUGGUGGCUUAGUCUGCGAUAAGGUGUCUUUUGGGGGCUUCCGAUUCUGCUGCGAGCCGCUGUACAUCAUAACCAGGGGUCGUCUCUUGUUUUCGGGGUGAUGUCUAGCUCCAGACAAAAACGGCCGGGUAGCCGCCGUCUUUUGUCUGGGCACAUGGCGGUUGGGGGGCUUCUCCAUAGGAGUUCGGACAAAACCGGCCCCAAACCCGGGCCAACAAAGUCUCGCCCCAGACAUUAACCCCUGGAAGGAAUGUCUAGGAAACGGCCAAAAUGGCCGA